AUGAGUUCGACCACGAAAAGCUAUUGGGCCCAAUGGGACAGCUUGCUGAUUCAGGAUGGAGUCCUGUGCCGUAAAUGGGAAAAUGGUCGGGGAGACAGGUGUCAUUUGCAAAUGGUUGUCCCUAAGGCUAAAGUACCGGAUGUCCUACAGCUGUACCAUAGUGGUUGUUCAGGAGGCCACCUGGGAGUUAAGCGAACUCUCCUGAAGAUCCGAGACCGGUUUUACUGGGUCCACUGUCGUGACGAUGUCGAGGACUGGUGCCGCAAAUGUACAAGUUGUGCGGCUGUAAAGGGACCUCAAAUUCGUAGUAGAGGCGCAUUGAAAUUGUACAAUGUUGGUGCACCAUGGGAGAGGAUAGCCAUUGACGUUGCGGGGCCGUUUCUAGAAACUGAAAGUGGUAACAAGUAUUUCAUGGUAGUGAUGGAUUACUUCACUAAGUGGCCAGAAGUCUUCGCCAUUCCAAAUCAAGAAGCUUCAACAGUUGCAGAUAAACUAGUUCAUGAAGUCUUCUGUCGUUUUGGAGUACCUUUAGAGAUUCACAGCGAUCAAGGAAGGAAUUUUGAGUCUCAAAUAUUCCAGGAAACUUGCCGAGUUAUGGGUACUCAGAAAACACGAACAACUUCUUACCACCAGCAAUCUGAUGGAAUGGUAGAAAGAUUUAAUCAGACAUUGGAGAGGUACCUAGCAAAAGUUGUGGAAAAACGGCAACGAGACUGGGACAGGCACAUACAACCGUUUUUGUUGUCAUAUCGAAGCGCUGUUCACGAAAGUACACAGCAAACUUUGGGAGAGAAUUGCGGCUGCCUGCAGACCUGA